CACGCCAGUCUUGCGGUUCAGUUCACAGAAACAAAAACGAGCUCUGCUUGAGUUCUUCUUAAUAUGAAUGAUUUUGCCUCACCUGAAUGGUGGGUUAGUCAUCCUGCGACUCUCCAACUCGUGUUACCUGUUAUUAUUGACUAACACGUGGUUGGCUUCUGGUGUCGCACAAACAGUACCACAGUGUUUGAAGUUUAACAGUGAUAAGUAAAUAUGAAUAAUAUUUAUAAUCCUAAGGAGAUUUACAGCAUUCGGGGCGAUAUGUGCUACGAUAAUAAAAUAAUGAUGGUUACAGCGCCCUCUGAAGGAACACUUGACGAAGUCAUCACGAAAAACAUAGCAGGACUCGACAGAAACAUCAACUUACAGAAGCAAACACCAUUACAAAGACUGCGCAAGCGUUUACGUAGACGGAUUUUGCUUGAUACGUUGAUAUUUGUAAUAGUUGCCUUGUUAGUAUGUCUAGUCGAAUUCGGCAUCAUCCCCAAUACCAAACUUGGGUUCAUUUGCAAGGAUCCGAAGCUGUCGUACCCCUUUAAAGGAGAUACAGUUUCUGUGACAACUUUAUUGAUAAGUGCUUAUUUCGGACCCGUUCUUAUCAUAACGUUAGUGGAAGUACUAAAAGAACACUCGUUCAAGAAGGUGCGCCUUGGGACUGUGUGGAGUUACUACAGAGAAUGCCUUAUCGGCGCCACUUUUGUUCUUCUGAUAACCGAAGUAAUUAAAGUCAUCGUGGGAGAGCCCAGACCGCAUUUCUUGGAUUCGUGUGAACCCGAUGUUAAGUGUAAAGAAGGCGCUUUCAUAAUCGACUACAACUGCACCAACACCCGUUUAAGCAACUUUUUCCUGAGUGACAUCACGAGAUCUUUUCCUUCAGGACACACUUCUGUCUCCUUAUUCAUCGCUCUCUAUUGCUCGUAUCUCAUCCAAAUUCGCAUUCCUUCGAAAUCCGUAAGCACUUUGACCAAACCAUUCUUGAUCGCUGUUUGUCUCACGUGGAGUCUUUUAUGUUCCUUGUCGAGGAUAACUGAUCGACGACAUCAUUGGUGGGAUGUUUUGGGAGGAGCGUUUCUGGGACUAUGUGGUGCACUUUAUACGUUGAGUCUGCUUCAUAGUAAAGAAACCAUAGACAAAAAUAGGCUCAGCAGAACGAGUACAACAAUGACCACAUUGUCAGACAAGAGUAAAGACACUCCAAGUGUUGUUAUAUAAUCUAGGAAGUUUUUAUACGUUUUCAUUAUUUGAUUACAGUUAUUUGUUGUAAAUAUUAGGACAUUUAAAAAUAAAAUAGCUACUCGUGUAUUCA